AUGGCGUACAACAACACCAACCCCCAAGGUUACAACCUGGGAGAACCGCACACCGGCUACGACCGCACCCGCGAUGAAGAGGAAGUCGGCCAGUCGCUCUUGCACGAGAACCCCACUGGUGCACAUUCGGACCCCUUCUACGGCAACCCGGAAGUCCGCCCACACUCAACAUACAGCUUGACCGAGUCGUAUGCCACCGACAGGCCAACACAAUACCCUGGUCAAGCCCAUGAGGGUUCCGUCUACUCCGCCACUGGCGGCUACGACCCAGCUGGCGACUUCGGCGCUCCCCAGCGGGCACCUUCGCCAUACCAGAGGAGCGAGACCAGCUCGACCGAGGCAUGGAGGCAGCGACAGCAGCCUGGCGGAGGAGCUGCUGGUGGUCUCAAGCGUGGCAUGACCCGUAAGGUUAAGCUUGUGCAAGGUUCCGUCCUCAGUGCCGACUAUCCGGUGCCUUCGGCCAUCCAGAAUGCCAUCCAGGCAAAGUACCGCAAUGACCUCGAGAGCGGUAGCGAGGAGUUUACUCACAUGCGAUACACGGCCGCGACAUGUGACCCCAAUGACUUCACUCUCAAGAACGGAUACAAUCUGCGUCCGGCCAUGUACAACCGCCACACUGAGUUGCUCAUCGCCAUCACCUACUACAACGAAGACAAAGUUCUUACCGCCCGUACCCUGCACGGUGUCAUGCAAAACAUCCGCGACAUUGUCAACUUGAAGAAAUCCGAGUUCUGGAACAAGGGUGGUCCGGCUUGGCAGAAGAUUGUCGUGUGCCUUGUUUUCGACGGUAUUGACCCUUGCGACAAGGGCACGCUCGAUUUGCUCGCCACUGUCGGUAUCUACCAAGAUGGUAUCAUGAAGAAGGAUAUUGAUGGAAAUGAGACUGUUGCUCACAUUUUUGAGUACACCACACAAUUGUCGGUUACCCCUAACCAACAGCUCAUCCGCCCCCACGAUGACAGCGCCAGCACGCUCCCUCCCGUCCAGAUGAUUUUCUGCCUGAAGCAAAAGAACAGCAAGAAAAUCAACUCGCACAGAUGGCUCUUCACUGCCAUUGGCCGCAUCUUGAACCCGGAAGUCUGUAUUCUGCUUGAUGCCGGUACCAAGCCAGGCCCCAAAUCUCUCCUCGCCCUUUGGGAAGGUUUCUACAACGACAAGGACCUUGGUGGUGCUUGCGGUGAGAUUCACGCUAUGUUGGGCAAGGGCUGGAAGAACCUCCUCAACCCGCUGGUUGCCGCGCAAAACUUCGAGUAUAAGAUCAGUAACAUUCUCGACAAGCCCCUGGAAUCUUCCUUCGGAUACGUCUCUGUGUUGCCCGGUGCUUUCUCCGCCUACCGAUACCGCGCUAUCAUGGGUCGACCGCUCGAGCAGUACUUCCACGGUGACCAUACCCUUGCCAAGAUUCUCGGAAAGAAGGGUAUCGAGGGCAUGAACAUUUUCAAGAAGAACAUGUUCUUGGCCGAGGACCGUAUUCUGUGUUUCGAACUUGUCGCCAAGGCUGGCUCCAAGUGGCAUCUGACCUACAUCAAGGCCUCCAAGGGAGAGACUGACGUGCCCGAAGACGCGGCAGAACUGAUCGGUCAACGUCGUCGUUGGUUGAACGGUUCCUUUGCUGCCGGUAUCUACUCCCUGCUCCAUUUCGGCCGCAUGUACAAGAGUGGCCACAACCUCAUCCGCAUGUUCUUCUUCCACGUCCAGAUGCUGUACAACACCUUCCAAACGAUUCUCACCUGGUUUUCCAUGGCCUCCUUCUGGCUUACUACCGUUGUCAUCAUGAGUCUUGUCGGUACCAAAACCGGAGACAGAGACGCUUGGCCAUUCGGAAACACUGCUACGCCCAUCUUCAACACGGUUGUCACUUACAUCUACCUCGGCUUCCUCGUCCUGCAAUUCAUUCUGGCUUUCGGUAAUCGUCCAAAGGGUUCGAGAUGGUCUUACCUGAUCUCAUUCUGUGUCUUCGGUCUGAUCCAACUUUACAUCGUCAUCCUGUCCAUCUACCUUGUCGUACAAGCUUUCACGAAUCCUACAUCGCAGAAGCUCGAUACCACCUCGCCGGAAAAGUUUGCUCAAUCGUUCUUCUCAUCCGACGGUGUUGGUAUCAUUAUCAUUGCUCUUGGGGCGACCUUUGGUCUCUACUACGUUGCAUCGUUCCUCUACAUGGACCCCUGGCACAUGUUCACCUCCUUCCCGCAGUAUCUGCUCAUCAUGUCGUCCUACAUCAACAUCCUUAACGUCUACGCCUUUUCCAACUGGCACGAUGUUUCUUGGGGUACCAAGGGUUCCGACAAGGCUGAUGCACUUCCCUCAGCGAAGACGGAGAAGGGAUCAGACGGCAAGCACAACGUCAUUGAGGAACCGGAUCUGCCCCAGGCCGAUAUUGACAGCCAGUUCGAGGCUACUGUCAAGCGUGCUCUUGCUCCUUACGUCCCACCUGUCGAGAGCGACGAGAAGACGCUUGAAGACUCGUACAAGUCUUUCCGUACUCAUCUUUGCACGGCCUGGAUUGGUUCCAACGCUACCCUCGCUGUUGUAAUUACCCAGGACAACUUCGACCGCUUCGGUUUCUCGUCAAGUGCCUCAAGCCGAACAGCGCAUUUCUUCCAGGCCCUUCUGUGGGCCACUGCAGCGCUUGCCUUGGUGCGUUUCCUGGGAUGUUUGUGGUUCCUUGGUCGUACUGGUCUCUUCUUCUGCGUCAGGAAGAGGUAAACAGCCACGACAUAUCAUCCAAUUCAGCAACGGCCACUUUUGCGUUUCUCAAGCCUUGCUUCUAUUUCUCAAACCUCCUCGUAUUACGGCGUUCCUUGGUUGGUGUCUCGGACUUCAGCAAUAGCUUCAAGCUGUGUAGCCUCUGACUCUUGCUUGUUACAAAAAGACACGUCCGCUCAUGCGCAGCAGAUUGAUGCCAUCGUCACUGCUUGCCUGUAUUACUCCUUGUUCAGUAUUGCAUACAGAUGCCGAAUGUCUUGGGUUUAUUUGAAAAGGGAGAGAGAGAUAUACCGAUGUCCACUUUUUGCACGAUUAGCUGGUUUGCAAAUGUUUUUCGCUAGAUUGAAUACUAAGUAUUUUAAAAUUAUGCUCGUUUCA